AUGAAUGCUGAUUUAGAAAAGCAAUUGAGUGAUUCUAGAUUUAAAAAAAAGCCAUCUAAAUCAGAAUAUAUAGAAAUGGAAGAAUAAAUAGAAUAACAGAAUGAAGAAUAAAGUUAAGAAUAGUAAUAAAAUCAGUAGCAAAUAAAUGUUGUUUAACCUUUAGAUUAAGGAGUGGGAAAUAGCAAAUCUUCUGUUAAUUUAGAAACUUAAGAGCAGAAAUCAGCCUAAAAUCAGGAAAGCUUAGCAGCAAAUGUUGAGAGAGUUUAGGCUUAGGAAAUUAUAAAUCAAAAAUAUAAAAUGGAUAAUUAUUUGGUUGGUGGUGGCCACACAUUUUUGUUUUAGCGCAAUAAUGUGAAUGAAUAAAGUGAUUAGGCAAUUGAUGAAAUAAAAGAAGAAGAUAAAAGCCAGAAAUAAAAUGACAGCGCAGAAGACUAAGAAAAAAAAAUACAGAUUGAAUAAAAUGAGAAAUUAUUAAAAGAAUAGGAAGACAUUACUAGUUAAAUUUUAUCUGGAAAUUUAAGAUUAGUUCACUUUUCAAAAAAAAUACCACGUUACAUUCCUUGGUUAGUGUUAUCGAUAUCAGUUGUCUUAGGUGCAUCUAUUCCAACUUCAAUUUUAGUUAUAGAUGCAAGCAGGUACGUUAAAGCUUUUUGGAGAUUUUAAAUGACAGUAUUUUGGAUUAUUCCCUUUUGUAUCUAUGAAUAUUUUGAUCCUUCCUACUAAAGAUAUUACAAAUGUGCUUAUAUAUUUUAAUUAGAUAAUAUGAAGCAAUCAUAUAUUUCAAGUUUAGGUAGUUCGAUAUGGUUUACAUUUAUUCUCUUUUCCUUUGACUAUACUUCUGUUUCUCAUUCUAUGCUUCUUGGCAGUUUAUCAAACUUUUUCAUGAGUGCAAUCAGAACUUUCAAGAAAGGAUCUAAAAAAAUAGAAUUAGAAGUUGUUGGCUUAACUCUUGUAAUUAUAGGAGUUUUUUUAGUUUUUAUUGAUUCUAUAACAAUGGAUGAACUUCAAAGCGAUAAAAGAUAUUAAGGAUUCGACAUGGUAGAUUUUUUAAACAGACCUUGGUGGGUGAGAAUUAUAGUUGGUGACUUUUUAUGUUUACUAACUUCAUUCAUUGUGUGCAGAUUUGGCAUGCUGAAGAAAGAUGAUUAAAUGAUUUAUCCAACUUACUUAAACUUAUUGAUGAUGUCGAUUUUUACAGCUAUGAACAUGUUCUUAGUAAGUUUAAUUACAGGUUGCACAUUUAGCACAAACGCUGAUGGAGUAUUUGCUCUUUUUACUCUUAAGUAUUUCUUUAUUUAUCUAGCUAUAGCAUUAUUUAGUGGACUUGGACUAUUUUUAAGUUACAUCUAUAUAUCUAAAUUUUUCGAACCUAUUGUAUCGGCUAGUGCUUAUCUGUUUGAACCCAUAGUUGCAACAAUAUUGAUUUAUAUUUUUAACAUAGAAUUUUUACCAGGACCAUUUGCAUGCUUAGGUUAUGUUUUUGUUCUCCCAGGUUAAUUUUUGAUUUUAUUGACAAGACAUUUAAUAUAAAUAAGAAUGAAUGCUUUAAAAUAAAAGCAAUUGCAGAUUUAAGAAAAAGAGUAAGCUAAACUACAAUGA